CGCUGGGAAACGUGGGCUGAGCGCUUGGUAACGCAGAGACAGGCGCGCGCGCACACACGCACGCGCUCAGAGUUUCUCCACGCUGGAAAGUGAGUGCGGGUCAGAAACGGGCGCGCGAGCUUGUGCUGAAAAGUGCUGCGAGAUUCACCGAGUUUCCGGCGGACAGCGAGGCUCACGCGCACCACGGAAACCCGGACCGGAAAUCUCGGCGUGUCGGAGCGGUGAGCGAUGCGCUGGCACCAUGGCCAAAUGGUUCAAGGAGCACCUGGGAUUCAAGAGCGCCAAAGCCGCGCCGCCGGCGCCUCCGAGACCGGACUACCGGCACUGCCACGCCGGGACUGGCACCGGAGGCGCGGGCUACCCGAGCCCUGCUCAGCCGGAUAUCCUCGCCGCGUACAAACUCCAGAAAGAGCUGGACUUCGAGGACCCGUACGCAUCCGGCGCAAACACUCCGUUCUCGGGCGCAGCGCUCUCGGAGGUGAAGUACGUGUCCCCGAAACACCGCCUCAUCAAAGUGGAGACGCUCGAGAGGAGCAGCGCGAGCCCGACUGCUUCCGGAGGAGGCGGAACUGGCGGCGGCAGCAGCAGCAGCGGUGGCAGCGCGAGCCAGCCGGCUGCAGGGAGCGCGAGAUCCCCCACUUCCCCAUCCGCCGAGCACGAGACUAAACAGGACAAGGUGAUCAUCUUGGAGGACUACGCGGACCCUUUCGACGCCGCGGAUCAAGCAGGUGGCACCCAGAGCAGCGUGGAGAAACCGGUGGAGAACGAUGGCUACAUGGAGCCGUACGAAGCUCAGAAGAUGAUGGCUGAGAUCCGAGGGAGCCGUGGUGUAAAGGAUGGCCCAGUUCGGCAGCUUCCCCUGUACGACACCCCGUACGAGCCUGCGGAGAACGGCGGGGAUUCUGACCCCCUGUGUUCACGCGAGAGCAGACUGCCUCAGGAUGACGAGAGGCCGCCGGAGGAGUACGAUCAGCCCUGGGAGUGGAAGAAAGAACGCAUCUCGAAGGCCUUUGCAGCUCUGCUUUGUUAUGACUGCAUUAGCAGCAAAGGAGCAGGCAGAGGAUCAACUCGGAGGAGAGUCGGCACCUCCAAAUCCCUCACAGUCCAGUUCGAGGGGGUGGAGAAAGGCAGGAUGUCUCCGACGAAAGACGGGAAAUCGCGGCCACCCCAGCGCCACUCCAGCGGCUGCCUGGUCAACAUGAAGAUGAGUUCGGUGGAGCAGUGUAUGCCGAUGCUGGGCGAACGCAUCGACCCUACGAUGCCACUGGAGAGCCAGUUCUGGUAUCACGGAGCAAUCAGUCGAACGGACGCCGAGUCGUUGCUGAGGUUGUGUAAAGAGGCCAGUUACCUAGUCAGAAACAGCGAGACCAGCAAGAACGACUUCUCCCUCUCUCUCAAGAGCAGCCAGGGUUUCAUGCACAUGAAGCUGUCGCGAACCAAAGACAACAAGUACAUCCUGGGCCAGAACAGCUGUCUGUUCGACAGCGUUCCGGAGAUCAUCCACUUCUACUCCAGCCGCAAGCUGCCGAUCAAAGGAGCCGAGCACAUGUCCCUCCUGUACCCCGUGGCCAUCCGGACACUUUAGCCUCUUGUCUAGAAGUUUGAUUGCUGAACGAAUGGCGUGUAGACGCUCGUUACGGACGGAUUGAACGGCCGUCGUCCGCAUUUACAACGCCAUCUAGCAACGUUUGAUGACCGAUACGGUGUCUGGUAAGCCUUUGUGAACGGCUGCUUGGACACUGUGCUACUGGAACGCGGUGCUGUCCAGCAAAAAAACUGGAAAACUUGAGGCUUUUAAAAAGCCCUCACUUUCCCUGCCGAUAUGGGGUCAAAUCUCAAGUCUUUUUUUUUUUUUGGAAUUUCCACCAAGUCAUAUCUUCAGCUCAGUGGAUUAUGGAGACCACACGAAGCAGACCGACCUGUAAAUAAUGUUUUCCAACAGCUCGAACGUGUACCCUCGUCCCAUGCUGACGUUUCCCGUUCAUGUGGACCUAAAACCCUGAGCUUUGGCCUGCACCCACACUUUAUUUGGUCUCAUACUGUAUGCAUACUGUAAUAAAAUCUCACUCAAGCCA